AUGGCGAUGAAAAGCAACCUUUGCCUCCCUAUCAAACCCACCGAAGUACUCUAUGCUUCCGUCGAUACUUCUGCACGCCUCCCUCAAACGCUUCAUCCAUUGGAGGCCACACAUCCCGGCCAACGUUUCCGAGAAUCAGAAUCCAGGGCUGUUACAGCUCUGCGGCGACGUUUAGACGGAACGAGGCCUGGGCAUCAAAGUCCAUGCGGAGAUAAAAACUCCUCUUCUACUGUGAAAGCCGUCCACGUCCUGAAAUCAAGAUUCCGACUACACCAGAGUUUUCAUAUCUCUGCCAAUCGUGUAUCCAUGAGCUCCUGCUACUUUGCAAGGCACUCCUGUCUUAAGUCCACUGUGAUUCUCAGACGUGCCCUCGUUCCGGCGUUGCUUGAACGACGAUAA